AUGGAGGGAGCGGAGAAGGGAGAAUAUACGCUGCGUAGCAAUGGUAGUUUCAAGAGCCACCAGAGCUCUGCGCCUUCGCCAUCCUACAGCGGCAAUGGUGGAGAGCCAAGUUAUGAGGAGAUUACGGAGAUCCGUCAGACCUUGGGGCGUCGCAUGUGGGACAGUUUUAAGCGCAAUCCAGAUCUCACGGUGACGCCAAAAGGUGUUAUUGGGGCAAAUGGGCGUGUUUUUGAUCCCCAUGUAGCUGCGGUCGCUACAACGAAUUCCCCUCUGGCGCGAAAGUUGAAGGGCAGACACUUGCAGAUGAUCGCUUUUGGAGGCUCGAUAGGUACUGGUCUUUUCGUCGCAUCUGGCAAGGCUCUUAACGCUGGAGGACCAGCCUCUUUACUCAUCUGCUUCUCUCUGAUUGGUAUAAUGUUGUAUUGCACGGUACAAGCUCUCGGAGAAAUGGCUGUGUUAUUCCCAGUUGCUGGAUCCUUCUCGGCCUACUCCACUCGGUUUUUAGAUCCUGCAUGGGGUUUUGCAAUGGGAUGGAAUUAUGCUAUGCAAUGGCUGGUAGUACUCCCUUUAGAAAUUAUCGCGGCUUCCAUUACCAUCAACUUUUGGGACACGAGAGGACAAUACGAUCAUGCCAUUUUCGUCACUGUAUUCUUGAUAGUCAUUAUCGGUAUUAAUAUGUGCGGGGUCAAAGGUUAUGGUGAAGCGGAGUUCUUCUUUGCUUUAGUCAAAAUCGUUACCGUGAUUGGGUAUAUUCUUCUCGGUAUAAUAAUCAACUGCGGAGGAGGUCCCACAGGUGGAUACAUUGGGGGUAAAUACUGGUCUGAUCCCGGAGCUUUUAACAAUGGAUUCAAGGGACUGUGUAGUGUCUUUGUCACAGCUGCUUUCGCAUUUGCCGGUACCGAACUGGUUGGUCUUGCCGCUGCCGAGACAGCAAACCCACGCAAGUCGCUCCCAACGGCGGUCAAGCAAGUCUUUUGGCGUAUCACUUUUUUCUAUGUUCUCAGUCUCGCCGUCGUUGGCCUUUUGGUUCCAUACAACAAUCCGCAUCUGCUUGAAUCGGGUCGCGCAGACACUGCUGCCUCACCGUUCGUUAUCUCUAUUGAAAAUGCCGGCAUCGACGUUCUACCCUCAAUGAUGAAUGCUGUCAUUCUUAUUGCUGUGCUGUCUGUAGGAAAUUCUUCCAUUUUUGGCUCUUCACGAACACUGGCUGCCCUUGCAGAUCAAGGGCAGGCUCCUAAGAUUCUCGGAUAUAUUGACCGAAAAGGUCGUCCUAUAAUUGCCAUUCUUGUCGCUUCUGUUCUAGGAUUCAUUGCUUACGCAGCCGACUCGGAAGUGCAAGGAGACGUACUCGACUGGAUGCUUGCCCUUUCAGGUCUAUCUUCAAUCUUCACAUGGGGCUCCAUCUGCCUCGCCCAUAUUCGUUUCCGCCGUGCUUGGAAAUUGCAAGGCCAUUCCCUCGAUGAACUUGCCUUCCGUUCACAACCAGGGGUCCUCGGUUCCUGGAUCGGAUUCAUCUUAAACGUCCUCAUCUUAAUGGCACAAUUCUGGGUUGGUGCAUGGCCCGUUCAGUACGGAGAUCAGGGACCCAGAGGCCAAGCCAAAAGUUUCUUUCUGAGUUACCUCGCAGCUCCUAUCGUCAUAAUAUUCUACAUCUUCUAUAAGGUCUGGAAAAAGACGCCAUUCAUGCGUGCCAAAGACAUGGACCUUCAGACUGGAAUCCGGGAAUUAAAUCUCCCCGCGUUGCUAGCAGAGGAGAGGGCGGAGCAGGCAGCUUGGCCGACGUGGAAGAGAGCUUACAAGGUUGUUUGCUAG